AUGAUGAUAAUUCCGGCUGAUUCCGGCACUCAGAUAAACAUGGAUGGUGAGACAAGCACAAUAAACUAUAAAUGGCAUAUCUUCAGUCUUAUUAUUCCAAAAAAUACCAGGAUUUGCUCAUAUCCAUUUUCUACACUAAAAAAUCUUAGUUUUGAUAUCAGUAUUGGAAAAGGUCUUCAAGCUAAUGCUAUUGACUUACAAGUAAGAAAAAGUGAUCCAAGGCAAGGUAGCGCUGUUAUAUCGAUUGAAUUGGUUAAACAAAAUAGCGUUAUACCGUCGGAUGUACUAGAACGCCAUAAAAGAGAUAAAUUUAACAAUACGACUGAAAAAAAAGAACUAAAUGAUUGGAGAGAGGCAUGUACUUUCAAUUUUUCAAAAUUUGAUAUUCCACCGCUUAUAAAUACAUUUUUAAAUGAUUGUUGCAUAAAGGAUUUAAUUAUUAGUUGCACAAUAACAUGGCGUGGUUUCAACAAACCCGAGGUUCAAAGAAUUCCUCCGGUGCUCCAGCCAUUUUUCAAAGCAGAUGAAUUUAGUGACAUUGUUUUGGUAGUUGACAACCAUAAGCUACCAGCUCAUAAAAUUAUUUUAUCGGCGCACAGCCCAUACUUUCAUGCAAUGUUUACCACAGAUAUGAAAGAAAGUAAAGAAAAUCGCGUUGAGAUUCAAAACUUCACUGUUGAUCUAAUCACUGAAAUGCUAGAGUUUUUCUAUACUAACAGAACAAAAGCUACUGAAGAUGUCGAUGUUGCUCUGCAGAUGGUUCCAGUUGCUGAUAUGUAUCAAAUAAACAGUUUAAAAGAUAUCUGUGAAGCUACUUUAUCGAAAAAUAUCAACUUGGAUAAUGUACUACCCAUUUUGUGCACAGCUGAUGACCACAAUCUCACUAAAUUGCGCAACAAAACUGUAAUCUAUAUGAGAAACAACAAACAGAAUGUCGUUAAAAUUCCAGAAUUUGAAAAAUUAUUUUACGAUAAACCUCGUAUCAUUCAAGAUGAAAGGUCACUGAUGAUUCAACAAUUCCUCUUACACGACGCAAUGGGAAUGACUACUGAUAACACUGCUGACAUCUAUAUGUACGCAAACAUUUUGUAA